AAAACACCCAGAGACAGCAACAGAAGAUACCAACGGAGCAGCAGCUACAAAAGAGACAAGACGCUGAAUCAAAUACAUACCAGCACACACAAAAAAAACUAAAGACAUGAAGUCCCUGCGAUUCCUUGCUGCUGAGGGCUUCAUUCAGGCUGGUGCGAGAACUCUGGAAAACCUCACCUGUGUGUCUUUUAACCUCUACCCACUUCUCUUCAAGGCCUGCUACCUCCACGAGCAGGCUGAGGUGCUGCAUGCUUUGGUCCAGAUGUGGCCUCUUCCUGAACUCAACCUACAAAGACUUCUGGGAAAGACAGCCGACUGUCAGUUAGACCUCACAUCUCGCACCUGCCGGCUUUGUCUGGAAGCAAUUCUCAACGGCCUAAAGGAUUAUGUGCUGUCUCCCCCGAGAACAUAUGCCAAGAGCCUUCACACGGUGGACCUGACUGCCCUUAAGGACACUGAGCAUCAGGCCUGCCCUUGUAAAUCCACCCUGGGUCGAUGGGCAAGAACCCAGCUCCUGACAAAACUGUGCUACGAGACCAUGGUGGCCAUGCAAGAUACGGACGUGUCCCAAUCUGCCUUUGAAACAUCUGUUGAUGUCCGUCUGAACGGCUUCGUCACAGGCCGCAACUACGAGCUGGUAGCUCAGGCCUUCCUGCUCCUCCGUUACUGUCCCCUGAAGCUUCGCUUUGUUAGUUUUAGGGCGGAUUCUCUCACUCUCAAGCAGCUGUUCUAUGUUCUUCGCCUAGCAGAGCCAGAGUCCAUCACAAAGCUGGAGGUGGUGCACAAUAUUCCUCUAGAGGCCUCACACCUGGAGGUGCUGCUGUCCAGGGUGGAAUUCCCCAAAUUACAGUCUCUGACCCUGCCAGCCAGCGCCCUGGAUGUCAGGAGGCUCGGCUCUGACGACGAGGAUCUGCUGGCCACCAUUGGCAACCUGCUGGCACGACUGAGCAGCCUCACUGAGCUCUAUGUUGGUUUUUCUACUCUCACUGGACACCUGCGGAGACUGCUAAAUCCUCUCAACACACCUCUACUAUGCUUGGAGUUGGCCAACUGCUGCCUGAACCGUGUAGACAUGACCUACCUGGCCAACAGUCUCCACAGUGAGACCCUGGUUCACCUUGACAUCAGUGGACACAACCUCUUUGACUCUUUCUCCACCCCUGUACACAAAUUGCUUAGCAGGAGUUCGGGAACUCUGGCGAGAUUGGCUCUCGAGGAGUGCAACAUAAAGGACGAGCACAUGGACGCUUUCACUAAUGCUCUGGCUUGCUGUCAGCAACUGGAGGAGCUCAGACUUAUGGGAAACCCUCUGACAUCUGUUGCCCUGCUUAGGUUAUUCUCCACUCUAUCUGUAGGGUUUCCCAAGUUAAGGUACAUAGAGGCACCUGUGCCCCGUGAAUGUUACGCAGAUGAUGUCACGUAUCCUCUGGACGAUUCAGUCUUGCUGCGUUACAACACGGAGCUGUUUCAGGAGAUCAGGAUCCAGCUGAUGGCCAUCCUGGAAAGAGCAGAUAGAGAUGGGGUGGAAGUGUGCACCCCCAUCAUGGGGGCCUACGAUCCAGACAUCAAUGAAACUAGUAAUGAGCUAGGGGUGUCCAUGUUGAAAUCUUUUAACGCCGUCAUCGGCACUUUUAUAGGUACGAUAACCGAUGUGAACAACAGGAGAUCCCAGACUUGGAAAGACGAUUGAUUUUUACUGUGACUAGUCCUGAGCUCAAAGUCUGCUGCUUCAUUCAAACCUGUGAAAAUGGAUCCAGUAAACCAGAUUUAACUAUAGUUAAGACAGGGAUUAUGUUAGUGUCAACAAAUGCUAACUGUUUUCUUCCAGGACUUAAUUAUAUAAAACUAAACAGAUGUGCAAUGCAGAUAGCAACUAUAGUGGUUAUUGCUAAGAUGUUUUAUUAGCUGUAUAUACAGUGCAUGUUGUUUUAAUUUAUAUAUUCUUGUUUAAAUGCUGUAACUAUAUUUAUAAGCAG